GGCUUUUGAGAAACCCAUUUUCGAAUAUCAGUCACUUCUCAGACCCAUCAAUUUACACGACUCUCGGCCUCCGUCCCAUCUUUAGAGUGCCCUCCAUUUACCACACUCAACCUCCAAUUCGAGUACAUUCAAAAGGUCCGCUCUCGUCGCUCCGACUUGCCAACAAGAUCACCAGCACCUACAACUUGUGUGUUCCGCUCGCUUUCUGCAAAUCCAAGCUCCAUUUCCCUCAUCAAGAUUACCGACUUGGAUCUUUUUUCGCUUUUCCUCCUCGGAACCCGUCGACAUCCCACCGGCCUUGCCUAUUCUACAAAUAUCCCAGGCCUUCAUCUCUUGAACAAAAAGGGACGUCAACCCUUUUGUCACUCGCCCGUCUUCGUUAGCUCUGUCGGUCAACAGAGCAUUUAAUCGAUGGCUGCAAGCUUCGAUCGUUCGAACCUCAUCACCGCAGACUCAUCUUCAACCGUCGGCAGCAUGGUUUCCCAAUCACCGGCUCUCAGCGCAGGCCACUCGGAUGCCGCUUCUGGCACCGGAACGCCAAACUCGUCUCCCCCUGUCUCGAGACCUCGCAGCCCCGAACUCAAGCACCACGAAUCGCUGGAUGCCUCGGAUCUCGAGCCUCUUGAGCCAUUGAACGUCAAGAAUGUUUGCUUCGUUGGUGCUGGCUUUGUUGGUGGCCCAACUGCGGCUCUGAUCGCACUUCACAACCCCGACCUUACCGUCAACGUCGUGGACCUCAAUGCCGACCGUAUCGCCGCAUGGAACUCUCCCCACCUCCCUAUCCACGAAGCUGGCCUUCCCAAGAUCGUCCGCAUCUCUCGUGAUGGCACCAAUGAGGCGACAGCCUUCCUCCCUUCAGUUAGCAACUCUGUGAAGAUUGCUCCUCGCAAGCCCAACCUCACCUUCACAACUGACGUCCAACGAUGCAUCGGUGAGGCCGACAUUGUCCUCAUUUGCGUCAACACGCCCACCAAGACCUACGGACUCGGUGCUGGCUACACUGCAGACCUGAGCGCUCUGGAAGGAGCGUCUGAGACUGUCGCUAAGUAUGCGAAGGAUGGUGCUGUCAUCGUUGAGAAGAGCACAGUACCAACGGGCACUGCUCGCAUGAUCCGCGAAAUUAUGGCCCAGUACCAACCCGACGCCGAGUUCGAGAUUGUCUCCAACCCCGAGUUCCUCGCCGAGGGAACCGCCGUGCGCGAUCUUAUGCACCCCGAUCGUAUUCUGAUCGGCAGCUCCACCACUCCUGCUGGCAUCCGAGCCGCCAAUGCCCUCAAGAGCGUGUACGCUGCCUGGGUUCCGGAACAGAAGAUUUUGACUGUCAACACUUGGUCCAGCGAGUUGACCAAGUUGGUCGCCAACGCCAUGCUGGCUCAGCGUAUCAGCAGUAUCAACAGCAUCAGUGCUCUUUGCGAGGAGCUUGGUGCCGACGUACAGGAGAUUAGCCAAGGUAUCGGUGCAGACACUCGCCUAGGCAAGAAGUUCCUCCACGCAGGUGUUGGAUUCGGCGGUUCUUGCUUCGAGAAGGAUAUCCUCAACCUGGCCUACAUGGCCCGUACUCUCCACUUGGACACUGUCGCCGACUACUGGAUGGGCGUUCUCGAUAUCAACAAGUACCAGCGUGAGCGUUUUGCGCAAAAGGUACACCGCGCUCUCAAUGGUAACUUGCGCCGCAAGAAAGUGGCUAUCCUCGGAUUCGCCUUCAAGGAGAACACCAAUGAUACCCGCAACAGUAUUGCGGUACACAUCAUCACUGAGCUGGCUCACGAGAUGCCCAACGAAAUUGCCAUCUUUGACCCUGGUUGUGACCCCGUCGAGGUGAUGGAGGAGGUUCGCCAGUCUAUCCCAGACGAGCGUGUUGUUGAACGUGUCAAGGUCCACACCAACUGGAGGGACACCGUCCAUGGCUCGAGCGCUAUCUGUAUUCUUACGCCCUGGUACCACUUCCGCUACCCGAAGCAGGCUCAGACUACCGCUCGUCGCUCAUCUGUCUGGAGCAGCCCCGAGGCUUCUCGAGAAGAGGCCAAGGCUUUCAUCAAGGAGUCUCUAUCCGAGAUGGACAUUGUCGAGCUCGAGAAGUUUGUCUCUCGCACCAGCAGCAACACCCCCACGGAUCCGUUGAAGCGCAUGAAGGCCGAGGCUGAGUGUCAAGAAGGCUGCAAGGGUUGCAACUUCGAUGCCGCCAACGAAGACCUCGGCGACCCAGUCGAUUGGGAGUGGGCAGCCUCGGUUAUGAAGCGCCCUCGUCUUGUGCUCGAUGGACGCAACGUCGUCUCUGUUCCUGACCUUGAGAAACUUGGAUUCCAAGUCCAGGGCAUCGGCAAGGGACUGGUCAUCUAAAAUGACGUGGCCUGGAUCAUAAUGACGAGUCAAAGAAAGCGGUAGAUGAGCGAGAGACUACAUGAGGCGUUGCAUUUCGUUCGGACAUACAACGGCCAAAGGGUACAUUGGACGAGAAAACCUUGAAACUGCACAGUAAGGCGUUCCGGUGGGCAAAGGCAAUGGGCGGCGUA